AUCUAAAAAGUUAUAGAAGUUGAAACAUGUAGAAAAGGAACUAGUUUCUAAUCCUAACCCUCGAAUCUCGAUUACAGUUUACAUCCAUCUCUACAUUCAUCCACUCCAACUUUCUUUCUAAUAUUUUUUCACAACUUACCACACUAAAUUUCGGAUUUCCAACAUCAAAUUACAAUCUCUAAAUUCGAAGACCAGAAAUCUAUUACCAGAAACUUCAAUCUUCCAAAAAUUCGAAGCAUUAUAAUUAUUGGCAAUGAGUGUCUGUGGUGACAAAUCGGAUGAGGAGUAUUCUGUUAUUGGAGACAAAGGGGAGAUUGGAUUUAUUGAUUUUGAGGAUGACAAGUCUGUUUGUAGCUAUGAUCUAAGUGAAGAGGGUCCAGUUAUUGUUUCUGUGCCUUUCCCGUCUAUUGAACAUAAGCCUCAAUCAGUUCUUGUCAAUGAAUUUACAGCUGAUUCAAUUACCAUUAAAAACACAACUAGAGAAUCUGUGGAACUUUGGGGGAUCCAAAUAUAUGCUUCAAAUCCUGAUGAUUCUUUUACACUGUCGUUGAUGGAGCCUUCCAAGCCAGGGUUUGUGGGCUCCUCCUCUUUGGAAGACCGAGUCCUGCAGCCACUUAAAACAUUGAAAGUUUGGUUAUCUUGCAAACCUAAAGAUAUUGGCAUGCACACAUGCAUUGUCCAUUUUGAUAUUGGGGACGAAAGGAUAGAGCGUAUGGUCUUUCUCUUGGCAGAAGAUAGUAUCUCCAAAGCUUUGGCUUCGAAUAAACCGUAUCAAAGGGGGAGGAGAAAGACACAGUUUGUUUUAGAUUCAUAUGUUCAAGGUGUACGUCCUGCUGCUAAGACAAGCUACCACAGUUUCCGUCGUAGGCUUCCUCCUUAUGACAUACCUAAAGAAAUCCGAGAAGUUAUAGAGAAUAAGCAGGUUCCAGAUGCUAUCAUAGAAGGCCUGACAAGGAAGAACUAUGUACCUUACUUCAGAACGCUUCUUGUCAUGGAAGAACUGCGCUUGGAGGAAGAUAUAAAGGCUUAUGAUAUGGAGAAUGUCACCAUGAGGAGCAAGGGACGUCUAUUCUUAGUGCUGGAGGUCUUGGGCUUGGCUGAGAGAAGACCUUCACUUGUGCAUGGAGAUUCUGUUUAUGCCAGACUUGCUUCCAUAGGAGCUGAGGACAUCCCAGUUUAUGAGGGUUUUAUUCACCGAGUAGAGGCUGAUCAAGUAUAUCUGAAAUUUGCUGAUGAAUUCCACCAGCGACACAGUGAUCAUAAUUCUUACAACAUCCGAUUCAUGUACAAUCGUGUCAACAUGAGAAGGUUGUAUCAUGCCAUUGAAGGUGCAGAAAAAGUACAUAAAGCCUUCCUCUUUCCAUCUGAAUCUUUGACGAAGAGGCAGAUUACACCAACCUUAAUGGUUCCCAUAUCUGGUAAUCUCAACGAGGAGCAAUUGAAUGCUGUUGAAAUGGUUCUAGGAUGCAAAGGGGGAGUGCCAUAUAUGAUUAAUGGCCCCCCAGGUACUGGUAAAACAAUGACCCUAGUAGAAGUGAUCCUCCAACUUUACAGAGCCCGCGCAGAUUCUCGGAUUUUGAUAUGUGCUUCUUCAAACUGUGCUGCUGACCAUAUAUUGGAUAAGAUUCUGAAAGAGAAGGGAAUCAAAAUCCAGGAAAAUGCAAUUUUCAGGCUGAAUGCAAGUAGCCGUCCAGUUGAAGAUAUGGAACCCGAAUAUUUGAAAUUCUGCUAUAUUGAGCAAUCUAUCUUCAGGUGUCCUCCGCUCCAGGCACUGUUACAUUAUAGAAUCAUUAUAACAACAUAUAUGAGUUCCGCCGUUAUUUACGCAGAAGGUGUUAGGCAGGGCCAUUUCUCUCACAUAAUUUUGGAUGAAGCAGGCCAGGCCUCAGAACCAGAGACCCUUGUUUCCAUUUCCAGCCUCUGUCAUAAGGACACUGUCGUGGUUCUUGCUGGAGAUCCGAUGCAAUUAGGUCCUGUUAUUUUCUCCCAAGAUGCAAAGAGACAUGGAUUAGGAAAAUCAUAUCUGGAAAGGUUGUUUGAAUGCGAGCUAUAUAGUGAAGGGGAUGAAGGUUAUGUGACAACACUUCGGCGGAACUACCGAUCCCACCCUGAAAUCCUGCAUCUGCCUUCUGAAUUGUUUUACAAUGGGGAAUUGGUUGCAUGUCAUGAAACAAUGAAGUCUAAACUUUGGGAAGAUAUCCUUCCAAACAAGGAGUUCCCUGUUCUUUUUAAGGGUAUCCAAGCAUAUGAUGAGAGGGAAGGAGAUAAUCCAUCAUGGUUCAAUCGUACCGAGGCUAGCGUGGUAGUUAAGCUUAUCAAGAAGCUCCUAGAUAAGGAGGAGGUCAGUGAAGCGGAUAUCGGAGUGAUCACACCAUACAGACAGCAAGUAGCCAAAAUCAAGAAGGCUCUUGAAAAUGACGAGAUUCAUGAUAUUAAGAUUGGCAGUGUUGAGCAGUUUCAGGGACAAGAGAGGGAAGUAAUUAUUAUAUCUACUGUCCGGUCAACUGUUAAACAUAAUGACUUUGACAGGGUUUAUCAUUUGGGAUUUCUAAGCAAUCCAAAAAGGUUUAAUGUUGCCAUCACCCGGGCCAGAUCUUUGCUUGUCAUUGUUGGGAACCCACAUAUCAUUAGUAAGGAUCGUAACUGGGCAAAGCUUCUGUGGCGUUGCGUAGAUAACAAUUCUUAUGAAGGUUGUUCACUUCCAGAUAGAGAAUGGUGCAAUGAUGAGAUUCCAGAGCAGGACGGAUGGUCUCAUGCUGCAGAGCAAGAAAAUCUUGCCAAUGGCUCUUAUGAGGGUUGGUCUGCUCAAACACAGUGCAACAAUGACAGCUCUCCGGCAGUUGAUGGAUGGUCUCUUGAUGCUGUGGUGCAAGAGAAUUUUAAGGUUGCUGAUGAGGCUGCAGCAGAGGAUGGAUGGUCUCUUGAUGCUGUGGUGCAAGAGAAUUUUAAGGUUAUUGAUGAGGCUGCAGUAGAGGAUGGCUGGACUCUUAAUGCUGUGGUGCAAGAGAAUUCUAAGUUUGCUGAUGAGGCUGCAGUAGAGGAUGGUUGGACACUUAAUACCGUGGUGCGAGAGAGUUCUAACGUUGCUGAGACUGCAGCAGAGCAUUUGCAUGAUCAAAAGUUAUCUUGGGAAAAUGAUAUUCCUAAACCUGUCAAAGAUGAAGAUGAAUGGUCUGAUGGCUGGAAGAUUUAAUCUGCUUAUACGCCCUCAGUAUCUGUUUAAUUUUAAUCAUAUAUGUUAAUAUUGAUGAUUAUGCCUUUGUUUGAUUUCAUAUUAUAUAUCUAGUGAUUGGUCUCAUCUGAGAGGAGCAAGCAGGGUAGACUACUAAUUGCUUUGGGGCUGUUAAUGUAGCCCAAACGCUGAUGCUUGACUAAUGAUUGUUUUUAA